AUGGAUCUACAUAGUGUUACUAACAGGCUUGAUAGGAGAAUUAAUCUCCUUAAAGAUAAAGAUUCUGAGGACAUAGAAAUGGUCCCGGCCAUGGAAACCAAUAUCCAUAAAUUAUUUUUUGAGUUGGAAAAAACCCUCAAGUCUGAAAUGAGAGAUUGGUGGGAUAGUGCCCUCCUGAAAAAAUACAUCGAUAAUAAAUUUAUCCCGAGAGGUCUGAGGUUUGAGAAACAACCAUUUUUUAAUGAUAAUACACCUCUAGAACAGGAGUGGCUGGGGGCUUUAGAUACCUGCUCUUUUAUACUUAUGGAUAUUUUAAUUAGAUAUAGAGAAUCCAGGCUUUGUGUUACGGAAAAGAGUAUUAUGGAUUUACAAGGACGGAUAGGCUCUAUUCAAGAGCAAUCGUCUGUUAUUUCUAAGCUAGAUGAGGCCACCAAUCAGAAACUAAUUAGUUUCGAAAAGGAGCUCAUUAUGCGUAAAAAGAAAAAAUUUCAGAGGGAUAAACUUGAUUAUCAAAAUGGACAAGUUAGGAGCUGGCAACGUAAACGCAGCUCCAGAUCCACUUAUAACCAUCCAGUAGGAUAUAAGGAAGGUAGUCUUACCUGCUCUCAUUUAUCUCCAAAAGGGGGAUUUAAACAGAAAAUUGGGUCAUAUGCUGAUAUUGUGAGAAAUCCCCGUUAUGGAAAAGGAUCUCGUUCUACGGUUUAUGGGGAGAAAACAGCGAUAAAAAUAAAAAAGAAUCCUAUGCCGCCCCCACCACGUUAUAACAACUAUUCACCCAACCCUAAUUAUAUCCCUUUGGGACGUAAUUUUCGUCCCGAUAAAGCAGAGGAGGUACCAAAGGUUGGGGUUGAUUUGGUUGGUGGUUUGGGGGCGAGACCCAAGAAGAUCAAUCCACAUAGAAAGCAUGUUAUAGAUCAUACAGAUGAUGAUUUUUUAGAAUCACUUCCCCAAAUGGAAAAAGACAAAACAUUCCCUUUAUUCAAACGCCCCCAGAAAAGGAGGGGGGCUUUCGUAGAGGAACGAGGGGAAGGGGAAAACAGUCCCGCCAAAAUGAGGUGCCUUUGA